AUAUAUCUGAACAUGGCUGCCAAUUUAUUAGAACACCUGUGAACAGUUACCCGUUUGAUCGUUUGCAAGACAGUUGACAUCAGAAGUGAAUGUCACAGCUACAGAAAACAAUACUUCAGUCAUAGAAACCACAGAAAGCCAACAAUCUAUGGCUAUGAUGGAAAACAAAGUGAAUACAGUUUUUGACAAGAUUGUGAAAUCUGCUGAAGAUAAAAGAGAGUAUCGUGGAUUGGAGCUUAUUAACGGAAUGAAAGUGGUCUUAAUCAGUGAUUCCACAACAGAGAAAUCAUCAGCUGCUAUGGAUAUACAUAUAGGUAGUAUGUCUGAUCCCAAUCAUAUCCCUGGUUUAGCUCACUUCUGUGAACACAUGCUAUUUCUUGGAACUGAAAAGUAUCCUUCUGAAAAUGAAUACACCAAGUUUUUAAAUGAACACAGUGGGUUCUCCAAUGCAUUUACUGGAGCUGAGCAUACUAAUUAUUAUUUUGAUGUAUCAUAUGAACACCUAAGAGGAGCACUUGAUAGAUUUGCACAGUUUUUUCUUUGUCCAUUGUUUAACAAAGACAGUAAGGAUCGGGAAGUGAAUGCUGUUGACUCUGAAAAUCAUAAAAAUUUAAAAUCUGAUAUGUGGAGGAUUUUUCAGCUGGAGAAAGCAACAGCCGAUUCUAGCCACCCGUAUAGUAAAUUUGGAACAG